UACAGUUCCUAGAUUCUCUUAUGUUUAGAUUGCAAAAUUCACAUAUUUUAUUAGUAUGAAUACAUGAAAACUAAUCAAAUUGAGCUCAAAUUAAAUAAGGUGAAAAAUAGUACAAUUCACGGCUAGAAAAAUCAACUGUAUAAUGGAGAAAAUGUGAGUGAUGCUAAUUACUCUAUUCCUCUUUAUAGCUGCAACAGUUGCAGAAGAUGCUGAUAAUAUUGGUGAAGCCAUUAUUCCCGAGAACCCUAAAUUCAAAAAGUUUGUGACAGAUUGCACAUCGCAUGUUGCUGAAAGAUGUAGUAGUGGAAGCGAAGCAUUGCAUGGCGAGGGAGGGUUGGCUCUUUGCCUUUUCGAUUCUAUGGAAAAUUGCUUGGUAGAGCAUGGAGCGGCCAAAGUUAACCAACGAUCAUUAUUCGUGCUACCAAAAGGAUCCACACCCAUUGAACCAAAAGAUUCAUUACCUUCAUUUAUUCCAUCACCACCCAUACCUCCCAAGUCCAAAUUUGAAUGUUGGUGUGAUAGUUUAAUAUCUUGUGUGUGUACUUGGACGUCCAUGGUGCCGAGUACAAGGUUAUUAAAUAACCAACAAUUAGGUCAAGGUUUCUAUUAUUUCCAAUAUGAGCCACUCCUACAAUUCAGAACCGUCUUGAGAACAUGUUCUCUGGAAAGUGCAAGGACUUGUCUCAAUGCUCCUAAUGUUGCUACAUCACCUUUAGCCGCUUGUCUCAUUCCAUCCAUGAAUCAAUGUGUCUAUCCCAGUGGAGCUGAAUCCGGUACUGGUAGCCUACCUAUUAAGGCGUAAAAUUAUCUUGUGCAUAAAGGCAAAUAUACUGGAAGUACUUGCAAUAGUAGAAGAAUAACUGAGUUAGAUCAGCCUAUUGGCUUCCAGGCUAGCUAGCUUGUUUUAUGAAUAAAGCUACAUCACUGAAUGUCAUGAUCCAUAUUGGCGUUCCUACGUACUAAUAAAUAAAAAGUAAUAAGACAUGCUUUACUUCUUUUUUUUACAGAAAAAA